UAUCAACACUGUGUGUGUGUGUUUGUGGACUCAAUGCCUAUUUAUUGACAGGAGAGUGCCCAGGAGCUUGAAAGAGAACCAUCAGAUACCCAAGGACAUAAGAAUGAGUGACAACAGCACUUUGGCUCCACCAGCUUCAAGCCAGGGUCCCACUACCCCACGCAAAGGGCCCCCCAAGUUCAAGCAGAGGCAAACUCGUCAAUUCAAAAGCAAACCUCCCAAGAAAGGUGUGAAAGGGUUUGGAGAUGACAUUCCAGGCAUGGAGGGGCUAGGAACAGAUAUCACGGUGAUUUGCCCCUGGGAGGCGUUCAGCCACCUGGAAUUGCAUGAGCUUGCUCAGUUUGGGAUCAUCUGAUGCACUCGAGGUUCUGGCACUCUCCAACAGCAUCUGCUUUAAUUUUGAUUACUUUUGCCCUAUUGAUCUUCCAGAGUCUUAAAAUUCAGCUGUCGGAAGUGGUUUCUUCAGCUUACCCAGUCAUUUCCCCUAAAUUGCUAUGAAGAGUUUCUCUUAGCGUCAGACUCUCUCUUGCCUUAUAGUUCAGCUCAGAAUAGUGGACGCAAAUAGACUUUUGUUAGGGCAUUUCAAAUUUUACCACCUUUUCCUAUUAGCGGGUUAGAAUUCAUUGAUAGUUCUCUACACUUUAUCUGUCAAGUCCUUCACAUUUAGUUUAGCCAGGCAGUACCUGUAACUAGUAGUAGUUUUUAGGAUAAUAUUGAUGUCAGCCCCUUCCUUUUCUCAUUUAAUAAAGGAGAUACUUACCUUGAAU